ACUGUGGUGGAAAAUUACUCUGCAAUUCAUGUGCGUGCGUAAGAAAGAAGGAGAGAGAGAGAGAGAGGACGAGAGAGCGAGAAGACGAAGGAAAGUGGAUGAAAUGGUCAGCAUAAAAGAAAGUCCAGAAAUAAAGUUGUCAGAGAAGCACGGCGAGAGAUGUUAAAGGUGCUUUGGUGAUCGGGGUGCUUAGUCAGGGCCUGGAUAUGGAGAGUCUCACACCUGAGAAUCACAGACGCUUCCACUGGAGCGGAUGGAGGAACUUGCUGCUACCGCAGUUGAACAGACGCUCGCUUCAUGUCUACGGCAGUGAGGUGGCUGUGGAGAAGGAGUGCAUUAGACAGAAACAAGAGGGUGUAUUUGUCAUUCAUCCCUUCAGUUCUUUAAGGAGUUACUACAUCAUGUGUAUGGUGGCCAUAACAUUCCUGAAUCUAAUUGGCAUUCCAAUGGAAAUUGCCUUUUUAGACGGAAACAGCGGAGUUGGGUGGGAAGGCUUUAAUGUCUUCUCGGACACUCUGUUUCUUAUUGACGUAGGGCUUAACUUUCGCAUGGGUAUCAUUACCGAGGACAGCGAGGGAGCCAUUCUUGAUCUGAAGAGCAUUCGACAACACUAUUUAAAGAGCUGGUUUGUACCUGAUAUGGUGGCAGCAUUCCCAGUUGGAUACAUAUUACUAUUUGCGGGUCUGCAGUACCGUGGUGACUCUCCAUCAUCCAGAGCAAACAAAAUGAUGCGCAUCCUGAUGUUCGUGAGAAUCCUCAGUCUUGUCCGUCUGCUGCGUGUGUCCCGUCUUGUUCGGUUUUUCAAUGAGGUGGAGAAAGUUUCAAAUGCUAACCUGGAAGUGAUGAGGUUAUUCCUGCGGAUCUUGUCUUUAUUUAUGAUGAUUUUCCUCCUGUGUCAUUGGAACGGCUGUAUUCAGUAUUUUGUACCUAUGCUUGAAGAGUUCCCGUCGGACUGCUGGGUUAGAAGAGAGAAAUUAAUGAAUGCCACCGUGGGGGAGAAGUAUUCUUUUGGAGUUUUCCGGGCCCUCUCUCAUAUGACUGCAAUAUCAUAUGGUUCCUCUGACACACCAACAAAUGAUGUUGAGCUAUGGAUCGUCAUGACCAGCAUUGUGUCUGGUGCAAUCAUGUACACUGUUAUGGUCGCCAACACCGCUGCUUUGAUGACUGAUGUGGACAUUACAGCAAAAGCUUAUAAAAACAAGAUGAAUCAUCUGGAAGAUUAUAUGACUUUUAUGAAGCUUCCCAAAGCCCUGCGUAUGCGCAUAAACAGCUACUACCAGUCCCGUUAUGCAGGAAAAUGGUACGAUGAGAAGGAUGUCCUGAAGUGGGUGUCCUCAUCUCUCAGAGAGGAAAUUUUGAUCAACAUGUGCUCGGACCUUGUGAGAAAAGUUCCUAUUUUCCAAAAACGUGAUAUAAACUUCAUCAGUAGCAUUCUGCAGGAGCUUCAGUAUGAGGUCUACCAGGAUGGUGACUUUAUCAUCUGUGAGGAUGCUCCUGGUGACCGCAUGUUCUUCAUUGAACGCGGCCAGGUCCUUGAGAAGAAUCAAUUUUUCCAGAGGGAACUGUGUGAUGGAGACUAUUUUGGAGAGUCGUGUCUCCUAACCAAAGAAAAGCAUUUGGCCACGGUACACGCUCAGACCACCUGCCAGCUCUUUUCCUUGUCAGUGGGUCACUUUCAACGCAUCCUGAAGGACUAUCCUGAGAUCAAGAGGGACCUGGAGUCAUCUCAACAGGAUAAAGACCUUCUGUUAUGA